AUGGCCCCGAUUUUAUUGAACCACAUUUGCGUAGACAAUGUUGCUCUUGAAGAAUUGCUUUGCAUGAAAGGAGGCAAGGGAGAGGCUAGCUAUGCCAAUAACUCCCAAGCCCAGGCUUUGCAUGCUCGAUCAAUGCUUCACCUUGUUGAAGAAACUCUAGAUAAGGUGCAGCUGAACUCUCCGGAGGUCCCAUUUCAGGUGGCGGAAUUAGGAUGCUCUUCUGGAAGCAACACACUUUUUAUAAUGGACGUUAUCAUCAAGCACAUGAUCAAGCGAUACAAGUCAUCUGGACUUGAACCUCCUGAAUUCUUUGCCUUUUUUUCCGACCUUCCCAGCAACGAUUUCAACACUCUUUUUCAACUCCUUCCUACCAUGGGUACCAGUUAUGAGAGAAGCAUCGAAAAUUAUCUAGCUGCCAAUAACGGCCACCGAAAUUAUUUUGCAGCUGGAGUUCCUGGUUCCUUUUACAAGAGACUCUUGCCGUCGAGGUCUAUUGAUGUGUUUCAUUCAGCAUUUUCCUUGCACUGGCUCUCUCAGGUGCCGGAAAGUGUGGUGGACCAGAGAUCGGAAGCAUACAACAAAGGGAGGGUGUUCAUCCACGGUGCCGGCAAGUCCACCGCUAAUGCUUACAAGCACCAGUUUCAAGCUGAUCUUGCAAAAUUCUUAAAAGCAAGAUCACAAGAAAUGAAGAAAGGUGGGUCCAUGUUCCUUGUCUGCUUGGGUAGAACUUCAGUGGACCCCGCACACCAAGGUGGGGCUGGCAUCUUAUUUGGGACCCACUAUCAGGAUGCUUGGGAUGAUCUUGUCCAAGAGGGGCUUAUUACAAGUGAGAAGCGUGAUAGUUUCAACAUUCCUGUGUAUGCACCAAGCCUAGAAGAAUUCAAGGAUGUCGUUGAAGCUGAGGGCUCAUUUGCCAUAAACAAUCUUACGGUUUUCAAAGGAGGGAGCCCUCUGGUGGUUGAUCGUCACGACGAUCCUGAUGAGAUUGGCAGAGCAUUAGCCAAUGCCUGCAGGAGCGUCUCUGGGGUGCUUGCCGAUGCCCAUAUCGGCGACCAGCUAAGUGAGGAGCUGUUCUUACGAGUGGAGCGCCGAGGCAGAAGCCAUGCAAAAGACCUAAUAGAGAAGCUGCAAUUCUUCCAUAUCGUGGCGUCACUUUCUUUUGUCUAAGGAAAAAGAUACAGAAAGUGGACAAAACUCUCUUCUUCUGGUUUGCUAUUUUUAAAUUAUGGUAAUAAAGGAGAGGAUGAUAGUGCUAAUAACAUCGUGUUGUGUUGGAGUGUUUCUUAACUUUCCUUAGUUAGUUGUUGCCUG